GUCAACAAAUAGGAACGAAGCGGCCACCAAACGAUGCUGCAGCUGUAUCGCGAAGUGGCUUUUUCUCCCCAUUCUCCCCGUGUCCGCUUUAGGAAGUGCUGGCUAUUUUCCGAGUGCUUCGGUCUUCUGCGACGCUCUGACCGGAUCCCUUUUACGGAAGAUCUAAGAUUGCGUCGGCGGUCGCCAUGCGCGUUCUCCGCCUUUGAGCAUUGUGGUUUCUUGGUAAGAAUUUGCAGUUUUUGAGUCAGAGUAUUGCUGGUAACUUGGUCUCUCAAGAUGGUUGGAGUUUUCCUGAUAUUUUAUGGAGCUGUUUUGGCCAUGUCAUGUACUUGCACUUUGCAUGUUACCCAGGCAACAAGUACUGAUCCAACAGAAGUCUAUUCAUUAAGGAUUAUUAAGAGAAAUUUGAUCGAUCCUACGGGAAGCCUUAAAAAUUGGGACAAUGGAGAUCCAUGUACAUCAAAUUGGACAGGCGUUAUUUGUACACAAAAAAAUGGAUACCAGCACAUAAAAGCACUGCAAUUGUUAAAUUAUAAUCUUUCUGGAAAUCUGGCACGUGAGCUUGGGCUUUUGUCACAUUUGGAAAUCAUGGAUUUUAUGUGGAAUGUGAUAAGUGGAACUAUCCCAAAGGAGAUAGGCAAUAUUGCCUCCUUGAAGCUUCUACUUCUAAGUGGCAACAAAUUAUUUGGCUCUAUACCUGAUGAGAUUGGCAAUCUUCCUAUAUUAAAUAGGUUACAGAUAGACGAAAAUAAUAUUUCAGGGCCAGUACCCAAAUCAUUCGCUAAUUUGAGAAAAAUAAAACAUUUACACAUGAACAAUAAUUCAUUGAGUGGGCCAAUUCCACGUGAGCUCUUCACACUGCCAAUUGUACAUCUUCUAUUGGACAACAAUAACUUAUCUGGAUUGCUUCCCCCAGAACUUUGGUUGCUGUCAAAGCUAAAAAUCCUUCAGCUUGAUAACAAUAAUUUCAGUGGCAGCAUUCCAGCUUCAUACAGCAAUAUGACGACACUUGUAAAAUUGAGUCUUAGAAACUGCAACUUGCAUGGAACUAUUCCUGAUUUGAGCAGGAUGUCUCAACUUGGCUAUUUGGAUCUUAGUUGGAACAUGUUGAAUGGACCUGUACCAUCUAAUCUUGCAAUUAACAUAACAACCAUCGAUCUAUCACACAACUUCCUUAAUGGAACAAUUCCUUCAACCUUUAAUAGACUUCAGAAGCUCCAAAGAGUGUCCCUUGAGAAUAAUCAGCUGGUUGGUUCUGUUCCACCCUCUAUUUGGCAGAAUAGAACCUUCAAUGCAAAUGACACUUUAAUCUUGGAUUUCCAGAACAAUUCUCUUACUGAUAUACCAGCUUCUUAUCAUCCUUUAAAUGUCACUGUAGUGUUAUAUGGGAACCCUCUAUGUAGCAAUGCAAACCAACUUAAUAUAGUCCCUUUAUGUCAACCAAGGAUUACUGGCCAAGCUUUUGAAGAUCCAACAACAUCUGAAAAUAGUUGUCCACCUUGCCCAGUGGACCAAUUUUAUGAGCACAAUCCAUCGUCUAUUAGGUCAUGCCAAUGCUCACUACCACUUGGAGUUGGAUAUCGGUUGAAAAGUCCAGGAAUAUCAGAUUUUCGUCCAUAUUUGAAAGAUUUUGAGACCCGUUUGACCACACUUCUGAAGCUGUUUCCUUACCAAUUAUACAUUGACUCUCACACAUGGGAGAGUGGGCCAAGGCUGCAUAUGCACUUAAAAAUUUUCCCUAGUAAUUCUAGUCUUUUUAAUAACAGUGAAGUUUUUCGUAUUGCGGACACCCUAGCUUCAUGGAAGAUUCAACUUUCAGAUGUUUAUGGACCAUAUGAGCUUCUUAAUUUCUCGCGGGGACCUCGUGAAAGUGAUUCUUCAAAGGCAAGGUUAAGUAAAGGUGCUUUGGCAGGCAUGUUGUUGGGUGUUAUUGCUGGUGCUGCUUCUCUAUCUGUGAUGUUAACAGUGAUCAUCAUGAGAAAGCAUCAUGGAUAUUAUUUCAUUUCAAGGAAAAGAUCUUCAGUGAGAACUCAACUUAAACUAAAUGGUGUAAAAUGCUUCACUUUUGAAGAAAUGGUCCUUGCUACAAAAAAAUUCUGCAAAUCAACUCAAGUAGGUCAAGGAGGGUAUGGAAAGGUAUAUAAAGGAACACUAGAUGAUGGAAGGUCUGUAGCCAUAAAGAGAGCGCUAGAAGGAUCGUUACAAGGUUCAAAGGAGUUCUUGACAGAGAUAGAGUUUUUGUCAAGGUUACAUCACCGUAACUUAGUUUCUUUAGUUGGAUAUUGCGACGAACAAAAUGAACAGAUGCUGGUCUAUGAGUUCAUGUGUAAUGGUACUCUGCGUGACCACCUUUCUGAGAAACAAAAAGAAUCUUUAAGUUUCCCAAAGCGGUUGCAUAUUGCUCUUGGUUCAGCUAGGGGCAUCUUGUAUCUGCAUAAUGAAGCAGAUCCUCCAAUAUUUCAUCGUGAUAUUAAAGCAAGCAAUAUACUAUUGGACUCUAAAUUUAUUGCUAAAGUAGCUGAUUUUGGUCUCUCAAGACUGGCCCCUCUACCAGACAAGGAUGGAAGCAUACCUGGCUAUGUAUCAACUGUUGUAAGGGGCACUCCGGGUUACCUUGAUCCAGAGUAUAUUCUAACACAUAAGCUGACAGACAAAAGCGAUGUGUACAGCCUUGGGGUUGUAUUCCUAGAACUUCUAACCGGAAUGCGGCCAAUUUCACAUGGCAAAAACAUUGUAAGAGAGGUUAGGAAUGCUUGUCAAUCAGGGUUGAUGUUCACUCUCGUCGACAACCGCAUGGGAUUUUAUCCUUCAGAAUGCAUGGAAAAAUUUGGUUCUUUAGCAAUUCGAUGUUGUUCUGACGAGACUGAUGCUAGACCAUCAAUGUCAGAGGUGGUUGCUGAGCUAGAGCGCGUACUGCAAAUGUUGGCGGAGGAUGAUAGUUCACAGGAAGCUCUGGCAACAGAUAGUAAGACAGUCUCAGGCUCAUCUUUGUCAUCAGAAAGUUCAGGCGCAGAACCUCCUGUCUGCAGCGAAACCCAUAGCGUUACAGGUAGUUCACAAGAAGCUCUGGCAACAGAUAGUAAGAUAGUCUCAGGCUCAUCUUUGUCAUCAGAAAGUUCAGGCGCCCAUAGUGUUACAGGUCGUUGACAUCACCACAGGCUAAUAUAUCCAUACAUGUUUAUUUUGGUAUCUUCUUCAGAAAAUUUUUUUCCUUUCUUCAAAGUGAAAACUACAGAUGCAGGUACGAACGGAAGCAGUGUGCGAUUUUGAUGAUUAUGUAUACGAGAUUCAACAAAAUCAUCAAAUCCACUACAGAGGGCAAGUUGAUUAGAAUAAUUAUUAAACUAAUGUUAUUCACACUCUUCCACUAUGUGUACUUUUGUAAAUAUGAGCAUGUUUCAAUUCGAGCUGACCUCUAUAAUAGAUUCGUUUUGGUUAA